AGAGCUGUUUCGCCGAAACAGCUAAAAAGCCAUGCGUGAGGAAUAUUAAAAAUAGAUCGCUGUACAAUUUUAGAAAUUAGAGCACUUAAAUUUCAUACGACACUUGUACUUCAGCAACAUUGGAUGUAGUCUCCUUACAUAACACAACACCGACAUUCGAUGUUUUGUCAACAUACGGUACCUACAGUACAAGUGCAAAUGCUGGAUAUUUCCUUGACUUCAGUAACAGAUUUAACUUACGGGGUGUUCCGUUUCACGAAGGCUAGCUAGCUUGAAGCUUUGGCCACUGUAGUGAAAUUGCACGAGGGCGCCCCACAUCAACAACGUGCAGUUAGUUAGAGCGAUGCGUGACACGUAGAUUAUAUUAGCACUCCGAUCCGAUGAUCGCGCGCUGAACAAACCAAGUUCCAACAGUCUUGACAGUAUGAUAACCGGCGCAGUUCUUGCUGACAAGCCUACCUCAUAUAACACUGGCCGCUACAUGUGCAUAUCCUAUGAACGGGAUGAUAAUUUACAUGCAGGCAUCACUACCUCAAAAGGAACUGUGUACAGUUAUGAUGAGACUGGUGUUCAGCAGGAAUACCACCGUUGGUGUCAGUGUUUAGCUGUACCUCUGUUAGAGGAGUCUGAUGAAGACUUGAAGAGCGGCUGGGAUCAGAGACUAGCAGACACAGCCACAGAGCUUCAGUGGAAGAAAGACAAAUACCAUGAGGACUGUCACAAUUGCUUUGACUUUGUAGUUAGCUUCUUGAAUGCGAUUGGAUACAGAUAUACCCCUCACAACCCGAAUGGACCGAUCACAAGAGAUGGUUUUUGUCAAGAUAUGAUCCUACCUGUGACAUCCAGGGCAGCUGGAUACAUUGGUAUCCACCGCAGUAUCACCAAGUAUGGCUUCCUAGUUCAGCAAGCAUCCAAGGUCUUAUGAAGAAUGUGGGUAAUGCAGUUUCUGUGUGUCUGUAUUGACCUUGUGCAAAAAUAACAGAGGGCGCUGUUUGACUUGGUAAAGAGAAUAAUUUGGGUGAAGUCCAUUGGAUACAGACCUGAAAAAUUUGAAGACAAGAGAAUGCUUUCAAAGUGCCUCAAAUUGUUGAUUUCUGCAUCAGUUUAAACAAGAGUUGUACAACAUAUGCCACAUGUUUAAGGAUUAAAAUGAAACACUGAAAAGUCAGCUGGAAGCUUGUUGACUUUUAUUUAUAACUGCAUUUCAUCAAAAUAUGCUGCAGAAAAAUUUCAAUAUUAAAAAUUACAAUGAUGCAACUUUUAACUAUAGUAAACCUACUUAAUAAAAUAAGCAUUUUACAUUGAUUAUUCAAUCUGAUUUAAGAACAAGUUCAUUUAUUGAAUUCUUCAAAUUAUAAAAAAUGUAAUAUUUAUUCUAAAUAGUAAUAUCUGUGAAUCAAACUGUUAUCAACAGCACUGAUCUCAUCAUGAAUUUCAGGUGUUUUGCUUAUUGUGGAAGUUUGGGAUAUUUUGUGAUGUGACCAAAUGGGUUGGAACACAUAAACCUUUACACGUGACUUCAUUUAUUGUUCCACUUAAAAGUUGUUUGGUUUUGCCUAACCUUGUAUACAAUUGCAAAUUUAGCCAUAGGGACUUUGAUGUCCUCCAAAUCCAUUUAUGUAAUUUAGUGAUGUAUUAUUUUUGCAGUGACUUUUGCUUUGCCAGUUACUGAUACAAAUAAAUGCAGAAUCACUCUGAACAAAACAGGAAUGA